GAAUACCCAAAAAUAUGAUUUAAUUUCUCUAUAGCUAGAAGGCUUGUGCACGUCUGCAGUCAAUGAAGCUGUUCGUUUGGUUUCGGUUGUCCUGGAAACUGGGAUCGGGAGCCAAUCGGAGGCGCUUUGACCUCUACUCAUGAAUAUUAACAAGCAGGAUGUGAGUAGGCCGCGCAGCGAUGAUCACAUUGCGCAGGCGCGCAGUUCUGCCUCCAACAACAAGAAGCAGGAGCCAGGCAACAUGGCCGACCUGGGGAAGAAGUACUGCGUUAACUGCCUUGCAGAUGUUACAAACCUGCGGCUUCGCUGCACCGACUGUCCCGAUAUCGAGCUGUGUCCAGAGUGCUUCUCGGCGGGCGCAGAAAUCGGUAAUCACCGGAGAUGGCAUGGCUACCAGCAGGUCGACGGCGGUCGGUUCUCUCUCUGGGGUCCCGAGGCAGAGGGAGGAUGGACUAGCAGGGAAGAGCAGUCGCUACUCGAUGCUAUCGAGCAAUAUGGGUUUGGAAACUGGGAGGACAUGGCCGCUCACGUUGGAGCAUCCCGAACUCCUCAGGAAGUAAUGGAACACUAUGUCACCAUGUAUAUCCAUGGAAACCUGGGUAAGGCCUGCAUCCCUGACAGCAUUCCCAACCGAGUGACUGACCACACCUGCCCAAGCGGGGGGCCCCUGUCGCCUAGCCUCACCACCCCGCUCCCUCCGCUGGAUAUCAGCCUCGCUGACCAGCAGCAGCUUGGCUACAUGCCACUACGUGACGACUAUGAGAUUGAAUACGACCAGGAUGCGGAAAAGCUCAUCAGCGGGCUGUCUGUGAACUACGACGACGAGGAUGUGGAAAUUGAAAUGAAACGUGCCCACGUGGACAUGUAUGUGCGCAAGCUUAGAGAACGCCAGCGGCGUAAGAACAUCGCCCGAGACUACAACCUAGUGCCUGCGUUCCUGGGCAGAGACAAGAAAGACAAGGAGAAGGAGAAACCAGGAGUGCUGGGUGUCAUAGGUACUGCUGGUGGAGUAGGUGGGGCAGGAGCUGGAGGUGGCACAAUUGGAUCAGGUUCCACAACAGCAGCAGGAUCAGGUCCUGUUCCCAGUACGUCCAAAAGAAAGAUCACCAAGGAAGAGAAGGAGCAGCGGGUCAGACUGCGGGGGCUCUGUCAGUUCAUGGCCCAUCGGGAAUUUGAAGACUUCUUUGAGAACUUGCAUAAAGAGCGUGUUUUAAGGGCCAAGGUGCGUGAGCUGCAGCGCUAUCGCCGCAACGGCAUCACCUGCCUGGAAGAGUCUGCUGAAUAUGAAGCUGCGCGCCACAAACGGGAGAAACGCAAGGAGAACAAAAGUGUGGUCACCUCCAAACGAGGCAGCGGAGGAGGGGGCGGGCUUAGCUCUGGGAUUGGACUCGGGGGAGGAGCUGGGGGGGGAGGCAUUUCUGCAGGAUUGGGGUUGGGAGGUGGCAUCAAGGAAGAGGGCAAAGAUGGUGAGUUUUCUGCCAUCGAAAAUCUGACAGGCUUUGAGCUGCUGUCAGACAGGGAGAAGGUGCUAUGUAACUCUCUGAACCUCAGCCCAGCACGCUACCUGACUGUCAAAACCAUCAUCAUUAAAGAUCACCUGCAGAAAAGGCAAGGCAUCCCGGCCAAGAGCCGGCUGCCCAGUUACCUGGACAAGGUCCUCAAGAAGCGCAUUCUCACCUUCCUCACGGAAAGUGGCUGGAUAUCCCGAGAUGCCUCUUAGCAAUCCAUCUUUGGUCAGGAAGUAAUAAGUUGAUGAUCGCUGAUUUGCUAUGAGCUGCGUUGGCAUAACUGUCGUUUUUUCAAAGGUUGUAAAUAUGUACAUUGCAAAGAAAGAGGAUGCCCCACUGGAAAAAAAAAUAUAUUUUCAUACCAGGGCUAGGAAGAAAAAUAAGCCUAUAUUUUUACAUUUGGAAAGGGAUGGGGAUGAAAAACAAUUCUGUGGGUUCAAAGUAAUAAUAAUACACAAAUGUCCAUAUUAUUACUACAAGAAUGAGAACUGCAAUUAACUAACAAGUAUUAAAUAGUUACAGAGACAUUUUAGUUUUAUUGCAAGAGGUUCAUUGAAGAUUUAAAAUCCAAACAUUGACCAGGCGAGGGUGAAUAUUUCCUGGAAAUGUUUUACGAGUAGUAAAUAUUUGGGUGAAUGUUUGACAGCAUGGCAUUGAUGGGUGACAGAAACGAUGACUGUUGUGAUCGUAGAUGUUUUUCAGGAUUUCUCAAACUCUUUAACACAUUUGAUCAACUUUGUUAGCGGUUUCAUCAGUUAAAGCUGGACUUAACUCUCAAUUCUCUAAAUGAUUUGUUCCUUCUUAUUACCUAAGUGGUAAGGAAAAGAAAAAGCAGCAGGGUUCAAAUGUCAUCUUGCUUUUUCUGGACUGAGUAUUUGCCUGAAGGCAAUUUGUACCAGGGUCCAACAGAUAGGUUGACAUAACAUCAGCAGAUGUCUAGCUCUAUCGCUGAUAUACCAGUAUUGGCACAUAUGUCGGCCAAAAAGCAACAAGAAAUGUAAGUAAAGAAAUGCCAAAGAAUAUUAAAAGAUCAUUUAGAGACUGUGUUCAUUGCUCGGUCUGUCCACCAGAGCGAGCUGGCUUCAAAAAUGCUGUAUCAGUCAGGCUCUAAUUUGUAUUUUAUUUAUGUUUUUUAGUUUGUCACCUAAAAUUAGUAUUGAGGAGGAAAUCUCUACUUUCUUAAAUUGGCCCAACAACCUUUACUUUUACAGAAACGGUGCAUUUUAGCACAGCUUUAAAUGUUCUGCUGUCAACAUGGUACAUUACAGGUAGAGAAGUUGAAUGUGCUAAGGGCAUUAAUCAAUGACACUCAAAUGCUUAGGUACAAUUGUUUGGUUUUCUGUUAACCAAGUGUUUUUACAAUGCAGGCUAAUGGUAUACAUUUUCAUCUUUUACACUUAGAUGGCAGUAAUCUGCCUCAUUGUAUGCAUUUGAAAUAGUCCUAACACCAAAUCUCAGCCCUGUGGUUGACCACAUCACAUGCACACAGCUUCCCAGAUCGUUACGUCUUUUUUGGGGGAAAUUUAAAUCGUUAGUAGCAUUAGUUCUGUAGCGGUAGGCAUUGCCUUAAAAGUAGAGCUUUGCCUUUUUUGUGGUCAUCGAAAAGGAAUGGCCUCCUCUUGAGUUUCUACCCUGAGAUUGUGGAUCAACUGUCGAGGGUGUAAAUAUUCUGCUAUGGUCAUCAGUCAUGCUUAGUAAUAUUUCAUCAAUGUGGUGCUCCAAACCAAUGUACCAUUCCAGUCAAACUCUUCAGUUGAAUUUAAAGGAUAACUGUGGCAAUAUUUUAUAUUUCUCAUUGUCAACAAAUCCCAUUAAAAUAACCCAAAUCAACAAUUAAUUGAUUCAAAAUAUCAAAUAUUGUGUCUAUCCAAAGCCUGAUCCAAAGCCUUAUUCCUUUGUGCCAUAGAGUUCCAUUGUCAAUUAAAGGACAUUGAUGAGCCACAAUGCUGCACUGGGUAACAUGUUCCUUCAUUACCAUGAACACACACACACACACACACACACACAGUAGUUUAUUUGGUCUCAAUCCCACAUACACAGUCCUGCCAUAAACACUCGGCUGCAAAUUAGUACACAACAAGUGCACUAUUUGCUCCUGUUUGAGUAUUGUUCCUAAAAACUACCGUUUAGGAGGUAUACGGAGCCUUUUAAAAAAGAAGUAUAUAUAUUAAUGAACCAUUAUAAGAUUUUCAUCUUCCGUAGGUAACGAUGGGUAGUUAAAGUAUUAAGAGGGGGAUUAAGUUGUCUUUUUAUGGGAAUUGUUGACUAUUAGAAAGAAUUAGUAAUAUUUCCAAAUGAUCUUUUAUUAAAAAGGAUCUCUUCAUCUAAGUGAUUUUCAGUGAAUUCAGCUUUUGUUUUUUUACUUGACUUUGGGUCUUAGUACAUGAUUUAGAAAUCCGCUGACUAUGUGGGGAACAUUAAUCUUUCCAACAUUAAUAACUGGUCACCUCCAGUAUAUAAUUUUGUUUUUUUUUGCCAUUGCGACUGCUAACAUGUUCUGAUUUGAGUUUGACGUAUUAGUCAACUGCAGUGGGUGUAUUGAAGAUGCCGAUUGAUCAACAGGCCAGGCAUUUUAUGUAGACGCUGAGGGGAAAGUAUGAACAUCAUAUUGGUAUAGUUAAAAAAGGGAUAAUUGUUGAGGUCAGAAGUCAUCUGAACCAUAAUGUUUUAAAAAGGCUAGUUUUCAGCCUAUAAUCCAAACGCCGAUCAUGGUUGAACUGAUUCUGAAUAUCACUUUUUCUUUCUUUCUUUAGAUAACCUAUAUAUUGUGAUUUCUGUUUCAACAAAUUCUUUUCAGAUUGUGACAGUGAAUCUUUUUGCAUGUGCAACCAAAUGUUCAACAUUAGAAAAUGGGUGUGUUUCGGUGUAAAUGUCUCAAAGGAAAAUAUGGCAAUUAUAUUUUAUUUUCCCAGUGGGGAAAUAUUUGUACGGGGGAUCUUGCGUACUUUACGUCACCAAAUGUAGAUAAUUUUGUAAGAUAAAUUGAAAUAAAACACCUAAUUACUGACCUGUGAAA